CAGAGGAAUGCAGCAGACUGACGGCUGCUGUAGAAGGGGGAAAGUUUUCAAGGGCGGAUGAGGUCACUGUGCUCUUCAGAUGCUGGAACAAUGUGGAACUGGAUGCCUUUUAGAAGAAGCUGUUGAACUUUUUUAUUUUAUUAUUAUUUCUUGGACCACAAGAACACAAGUGUAGUUGGUCUACAGCAGAUGCCGGAAGAUUCCUGGGUGAUUUAUCUCCUCUUUCACUCCAUUCAGUCUUUGCCUAGAGACCCAAGGAAGUACAGUAAUUUGAACUGAUCCCUGUGUAAUACUUGGACAAAGAUGAACCACCUUAGUCCCAGCUCUACGCCUUCCGCCACGUUCUCCAUCAUGGCCUUGACCCUUGCCUUGCACCUCUGUGGUGCCGCCCCUGACCCACGGCAUAGGGAGCAGCUGAUGCGACAGGAGGCCUCUAUGCAAACAGGGGGCAGUGUUGUGCUGAAUGCUGCUGAGCAGAAGCUCGACGCCUAUCUGCACAAACUGAAGGUGCAGGAGAUGGCAUUGGAUCCAUUCCCGCCCUCUGUGCAUUUCUUCAAAGCACGGCCCUACAUUGAGAAGAGCCCUAUAUUUCAACUAAUAAAGAAAAUGCCUAAAGGUGCUGCUCUCCACCUGCAUGGCCGAGCCCUGGUGAGUGCGGAGUGGCUGGUGAAGAAUGCCACCUACAGGCCGGACUGCUACAUCUGCUUCACGGGCAAUUCAGUGCGAUUCCUCUUCUCCACUUGGACGCCCUACCCCACAUACAACUGCUGGCACUGGCAGCUGCUGAAGACCCUGAGAGCCAACAUGGCUGAUCCUGUCAAGUUUGACCACAGCCUCAUUCAGAAUCUCACCCUACUUACCGAUGACCCAGAAUCGGCCUACCCAACUCAGGACGCUGCGUGGGCCCGUUUUGAGGAUGCUUUUCGUGUCCUCUCUGGCCUGGUCUCCUAUGCUCCCGUGUUCAGAGACUACCUCUACCAAGCCCUGGAGGAAUUGUAUACAGACAAUGUAAUGUAUGUGGAGAUAAGAAGUAGCAUACCGCGGUUGUAUGAGGCUGAUGGCAGCAUUCAUGAAAGGGUUUGGUCAGCGAAACUCUACCAGGAUGUGAUCGCAAAAUUCUCAUCAAAGCAUCCAGACUUCUUGGGAUUGCGGGUCAUACUUUCAACUCACAGGAUCCAGUGUCUGUAUUCAAUGAAGCUAGCUGUCAAAAGUGCCAUUGAAAUGCAAAAGAAUUUUCCGGAGCUGAUAGCAGGGUUUGACUUGGUGGGCAGGGAGGAUGAUGGGAACCCUCUGUGGUACUUCAAAGAGGCACUGAGUCUUCCUGCUCAAUUCGGAGUUCAUCUUCCCUACUAUUUCCAUGCAGGAGAGACUGACCGGGAAGGUACUGAGGUGGAUGGCAACUUGCUAGACGCCUUGCUGUUCAACACCAGUCGGAUUGGACACGGCUAUGCUUUGCCUCACCACCCUCUGGCCAAAGAACUUGCCAGAAAGAAGGAUGUGGCUGUUGAAGUAUGUCCCAUAUCCAACCAAGUUUUGAAGCUUCUGUCUGACAUGCGUAAUCACCCCGCCGCAGUCCUCAUGACAGAGGGCCACCCCCUGGUCAUCAGCUCCGAUGACCCCUGUCUGUUUGGGAACACCGGCCUCUCCUAUGACUUCUAUGAGGCAUUUGUAGGAAUAGGUGGCUUAAGCGCCAACUUGGGCACCCUGAAAGAGCUUGCUAUGAACUCGAUCAAGUACAGCUCCCUCUCUCCGUCUCUGAAGAAGACACUGCAUGAUAUGUGGCAGAAGAAGUGGGACACAUUUAUUUCUGAUCAUUACCACUGAUCCAACUGCUCUACCCCUCCAUUGAAUGGCUUACAAAACUUAAUCAGACAUAAUUAUGAAACAGGUUAAAUCCUCAUGUUCACACAUUAUGUUUUAUACUUUGUUCAAUAAAAGCAUUAAAUCAACUGUUCAUUGCAUCUAAUAAAAAGAUAAAUGGUUACUUAGUCCUGUGGUUUCCAAAGUGGGGGCAGGGGACCCCUGGGGUUCCGCGAGGGCGUGUUAGGGUGUAAUGACUAAAAAGAUAUGUUGAAUUCAGCAGAAAAAUGCUAAUUUUACAGUAUACUAAAAUUAUAUAAGAGAAUCUGACUUCAUAAAAUUACUGGCAUUUUUAUUUCCUGCAGCAACAUAUAGGCCCUACAUUUAAUAGCACUGUAAACAUUAGGGAUUCAAUGAGAGUAACUACAGUAAUUGGCAAAAUGAAAACUUAAUCUGUAAUAAAUAAUA